AUUCGUUCAUUCAAUACUCUGGUAUGUCCCCCUUUCAUCCAUUCAAUCUAUAACCUGGCGAGAUUUCUGCACAUAUAUCACCAUUCAUCUAUAUAAAUUUCUUGACGGAAGCUUGUUCCGCAAUUGUACAACCAUCACAAGACCUCGCUUAUCUAGAGAGAUUUCACUUCAACUAACAUAUUUAUCUUUAUAGUAAUAUCUUAUCAUAUCUCUCUCGGUCUUCACAUCUCUCAAAAACAAACCUCUUCCUACCAUAAUGCGUUUCACUGCCGCAAUCUUCAGCCUCGCCGUCGUGGCCCCUGUGUUUGCUCAUCCAGCACAUCAAGCCCGUUCGGCCGAUGUGGUUUGUGAAGGAUCUGGAAACUUGGUUCCUGCACAGUCAACCAACGCUUCUCCAUGUAACACGGAACCUAGUCCUGAAUUUCUUGCCGCAGUUGCAUACAUUGCAGCCGCGGAGGCCAAUGGCACCUUAGGAACACAGAAUGAGCUGAAUUCUCGAGCGACUGUCACUAUUCAAACCUACUUUCACGUCGUUGCAUCUGCUCAGACUGUUGCCGGGGGCUACGUUACCGCUGCUCAGAUCUCUCAGCAAAUGGACUAUUUGAAUUCCGCAUAUGCUUCUACUGGAUAUGCCUUUGUCAAUGCUGGUGUUGAUUACACCAUCAAUGCUGGAUGGGCACGCGAUGGCAGCGAAUUAGCUAUGAAAAAGGCUUUGAGAAAGGGAACAUACAAAGACCUGAACAUUUAUUUCCAGCUUGCACUUCAAGAUGAUGCUUUGGGAGUAAGUAACAGCAGCCUGAAAUCGAACUUUGAAGCGAAAGCUAAUUUUUAUAUCAGUACUGUUAUUUCCCAGUUGCCAGCCACAGCACCACCUCCGAUAACUUUGCCUAUGACGGAUGCUCCAUUCAGGCUGGCAGCAUCGCUGGUGGUACCCUCGCUAACUACAACCUCGGAGGAACUGUAGCCCAUGAGGUUGGUCACUGGAUGGGACUUCUUCACACUUUCCAAGGUGCCGCUUGCUCCAGCACCAACGAUGGAAUUGCCGAUACCCCAGCACAAAACGGCUACACUCAAGGAUGCCCAUCAACCAGAGAUUCUUGCCCAAAUGCCGCUGGUUUGGAUCCUAUCCACAACUACAUGGAUUACAGUUAUGAGUAAGUUAUGCGAGCUUCAAAUUAUGAAAUAAUGGCUAACGAUGUUUUAGUGUUUGCUACACCGAGUUCACUCCUAACCAAAUUACAAGAAUGAACAGCAUGUGGACUACUUACCGUGCCUGA